CCGAUUAAUCUUAAGUUCCUCCUUUCCUCGAGUUCAUCGGUCGUAUUUGUGUAAACAUACUUAUCUUUAUAAAUUAAAGAUUGUGCAGCACCGUAUGGCGUUUACAGAUAAUCAGUGAACCGCGUAGUAAUAUACGUGAAAGUUACAGUGAUUUUAGUGCGUAGCUCGAACGAUGACGGAACAAGCGAAGUUUGAGGGGAACUCUGACCCUUGUUUAUCGAAUGCAGCCGUGACGCCUGGUGGAGCUGUUCCCGCCUUCAGAAAUCCGAUCCCAUCUACCUCUUUUGCAAAUAGUACUUUAGGACCUCCAGUUGUACCACCUAGGCCUGACUUGGCUAUACAGCCGUCUUAUUCUAUGACCCCUGGGUAUUCUUACGGGGGGAUGAAUUCGUACGGUAUGGGUGGCAUGGGAAUGGGAGGGAUGGGAUAUAGUAAUUAUGGAUAUGGGGGUUUUGGAGGUGGCUAUGGGAUGGGGGGUAUGGGAGGAGGUAUGGGUGGUAUGUCGCCUUAUGGGGGAUACAACAGAUAUGGACCAAUGUAUGGCGAUAUUGAGAACAGAUUUAUCCAAAUGGCAGAGGAAAGCUCGCGACCUGCCUUUGAUUCAAUACAAAGUCUAGUCAAUGCGGUUGGCAGUGUUGCCAUGAUGCUUGAGAACACAUUCUUUGCUCUCACCAGCUCAUUUAGAGCUAUUUUAGGUGUUGCAGAGAACUUUGGUCGUCUAAGAUCGCUGUUCGCGCAGUUCUGGUCGACGUUCGCCGUGGUGCGAUCUCUAAACUGGCUCGUACGGAAGUUGAUGGUCAUGCUUGGAAUUAGGACUGAGAACGAGUUCAAGGCAUGGGCAGAAGCAGUGGCAGCUACGCAAACCGGCACAGGCACACCCGAACAACGUGCCAAGGGCGCUAGCUGGCCUAUUCUCCUAUUCUUUGGAGUAAUUGCCGCCGCCCCGUACAUCGUACUAAGAAUGCUGAGUGGGCUUACUACCAGCGUGAAUGAGAGACUAAAUGACCCAACAUCUUGGCAGAACCCGCUCCGUUCCGUAGCCCAACACGAAUUCCAAGCCACCACACCCCAAGAACUCAGCUUCCGGAGCGGCCAGGUCAUCCUCCUCGCACCACAAUAUCUUCAGGGCCAGCUGUGGAACAGCGGCUGGCUCAUGGGUAGUACCGACAGACAGACAGCCGGGCUGGUACCGGUGAAUUACAUUAAAGUUAUCAAGCCGGAGGAAAAAGAUGGUAUGGAGGAGAUGGAUAAGCAUUUUAAGGAGUUGUGAUGUUACUGAUUUUUUGAAACUCAAAUUAAUAUUAAAACAUUUGUUUGAGAUGGAAAUUAUGGAAUAUAAUGACUAUGGCGUCUGCUAAAUUUUACCAUUUAUACUAACGCCAUCUAGUGAAAGUCUCUUUCGAAUGUCCACAACUUUGCAGAUAUAAGCAUAUUAUCUUUGGUAUUAGCGCUUUUAAAUAACAUUGUAAAUCUGAAACACUUCGAUUAUUAUCGAUUGUAUGUAUGACGCCAUUAUUUAUCCGGGAAACCUAUUAGUGUCGUUUUAAUCCCUGAAAAUCAUAAACAUACUACAUUAUAUACAAGUUAUAAUCUUUAGUUAAUGAGUAACAGGUUUAUGUACUAAAUAAUUGAAUAUAAUAAGGUAUAUGAAAUCUUUGUCGUUUCGGGGCUUAUGGAAAGGCGUAAUAAUUCAAAUUUUAUAUGAAAUUAUAGUUAUAAUUUUAAAAUAGAUGUGAAUAUUGUAAAACCUGGUUAUUUCCUUGCAAAGAUUUUCUUCAUGUACUAUUUGGGAAUGGCAUUACUAAAAUGCUGCCAUCUACAACAAUAAUAAGGUUGAGGAACACAAUUGUAUAGAAAUAACAGUCUUUAUUUAUUUACGUAAGUCCCUAAGAUUUUGUUACCAAACAGGUGUGGAAGUAAUACUAAUAUUAAUACGUAGAUUAUAGAAAAUCAAUCAGCGAUUGGCAAGCUCUCUUACCGAUACAACUUUAUACGAAAUAAAUAAUUUACUGGUUUUGGAUAUAAACAAAAACGUCACUCAGACGCCAAAGUCACGGGCGCAAGCGAGCGAAUGUAAACCUUACUUGAAAGUGUGAAGGUUACUUUGUCAACGUACACCAUAACACUUAUUAUGUGUUCAUGGCGCCGUGGGCACGACUAGUUACGACGCCUUAAGGUGUUUUUGGCGUUCAAACAAUACGUAAUACAACUUUGUGCAUUAUUUUAUUCGUGUAAAUCGUGUACUAUUUUAUUCAAAAGACAUUCCAAAUUAUGCCAAAGUAAAUUACAUUAAAAUAGGUAAAAUGCAGCCCUAUUUACGGGUAUUCUAUUUGCAUACAAUCAGUAUAAUGAAAUUCGUAUAUAUAUAUACUACUGUGUAGAAAGCCUAUAUACUAUAAAUGAAUUGGUUUUUUUUUUGUUAUUUAAGAUUGUUAUUAUUAAGCGUUUUAAAUGUACUAUAUUUUGUUUUUAUAUAGACCUGCGCACACCGGGUGCGUGUGCAUAUACGUUCAUGUGCGCGUUGUAAUAUACGAAUGCUUAUGAGUGACGGCACAUCGCUUGCGUGACGUGUGAGUGUAGGUAUGGCUCCAUUUUAGCGCACACAUUCGGUGUGCACAUGCCUUUAAUUUAGCAUUUUUUCUAAGACUGCAUUGAAUCAAGUGCAAUUACUCUUGUGGCUAAAGCAAUGUAAAGCUUGCUAUAUUUUAAGUUUUGAUCGUGAAUAUGCAAUUAUGUCUAAAAAUGUAUGACAAUGGCUAAAAAGAUAAAUUAGCUGUAGGGUUUAGGGGCAGGACAAGAGUAAUGCGGGUCACCAAUUUAUUACGUGCUUUUUUAUUCGAUAUAAAUUGCACCAAUAUCCUCCUAAGGCCCAGCCAUACAAAGGAAAAAUCCCAAAUUUGCCAUUGAAAUGUGAACCUUUAUUGUAGUAAAUAAAGUUGAUUUUGCGUUGUUGGAAAAAAAUUAACGAAACAAAGCAAAAGCGACUGUUCCAAUUGAAUGGGAUUUACAUCGAACUGAAGAGGUAAGGACCUUGGGCCUUAGGAGGUUAAUAAAAUACACGCAAAAAAAUCGUGACUCGCGUUACUUUUUCGUAGAAUCAACUAAUGUGACUUUGUGAAUCUAUGUUCAAUUUUACACGAUAGGGGAUGGACUGAUUUGUUAGAAUAAUGCA